AUGUGUUCGGAACAUUGAAAAUAAUUCAAAGAUAAAUAAAUUCUAAAAAAAAUCAAUUAAAAACAAGCAAUAAUUUGUUAUAAGUAUUAAAUUGAAGAGACCGGAGAAAAAAAAACAAUUGUUGGGGUUUCUGGCAGACUCUUCCCUCCUCUCUGAAUUUAUCAGUUACGAGUUUAUUUAAAAUUUGUUAUAAAUGUGAUUUAUUUAUUUUUGUUUAUUCUUUUUCUUCUGUGAAAUUGAAUCUUAUCAAAUUUAUAAUUUUAUGUUGUACAUAUGAGAGACGUGUCAUCUCUCUCUCUCUCUCUCUUUCUCUCUCUCUCUCUCUCUCUCUCUCUCUCUCUCUCUCUCUCUCUCUCUUAGUUUUGAAAUGUAGUGGGAGAGACAGGACGAGAAUAUGAUAACGACCGCACUCUGACCAUACCUUAUCCUGUCACCGAGAGGAUGUGACAUCGACGCUAACGUCGAUUAUAUAUAUAUAUAUACAUACUAUAUAUAGUGCAUUUCUAAAAUUCAUAUAUAGUAAUUAUGAAAUUAUGUUCAAAGUAUUCCAUCUCUUAUGAUUCGAGAAAAAAAAAAACAAACGGAAAUAUGUCACGUCGGAAUAAACCAAUAAAAAUUACUGCUGUGGGAGAUGGAAUGGUUGGAAAGACAUGUAUGCUUAUUACAUAUACAACGAAAAAGUUUCCAACAGAAUAUGUGCCUACCGUCUUCGACAAUUAUGCAGAUAUUAUUCGUUUAGAUAGUCAAGAAUUUGAUAUAACGCUUUGGGAUACAGCUGGUCAAGAAGAUUACGAACGUCUUCGACCAUUGUCGUAUCCGAAUACCGAUUGUUUUUUACUUUGUUUCUCGAUCAGUGCUCGUAGUUCUUAUGAAAAUGUUGCGAGUAAAUGGUAUCCAGAGAUAAAACAUCAUUGCCCACAUGUGCCGAUAAUUCUUGUCGGUACUAAAAGCGAUCUCAGAAAUCAAGACAGUUUAGAUAUAAUAACUCCUCAGGAAUGUAAAAAAAUGAAAAAUAAAAUCAAAGCUUCGAAAUACGUCGAAUGUUCGGCUGUAAAGCAGGAAGGCUUGGAAAACGUCUUCGUAGAGGCUAUUAGAGCGGUUUUGAAAAAACCGCCAUCUAGGAAACUCUGUUAUAUUUUUUAAUAAACAAAAAAGAAAAAAAAAA